CAAGAGGGCAAACCAUCAAGUUCCACAAAUCGCCAAGUCACACACAAAACACAUCUGCUUCACUUCUAUCGCCGCCUCCUUCCUUCUUUCGCAUCUGACCCUCCUGCGUCUGGCAGCACGCGGGCGAGGCCGGCAAGCCAAGCUCGCCGCUGCUAGUCGUGGCGAAGCACCAAGAGGCCUCCGCCACCGUCGCAGCCUGCUCCGCGAGCGCGAACUCUGGGCGCAUCCAAUCAGCCGGCGGCACCGCAGUCCUGCACCAGCCUGCCCCCUGGGCAUGGCGGAUUGGCGGGGCUGAGCCUUGCAGAGGAGGAAAUCAACAGGUCAAGCUACUAUCUCCUACCGUCCUAUGUGGUGGUUGCGGAGCUUAACACACUAUCAUACAUUUUCAUCUAGGUCAAGCUACUGUCUUUGUACACUCAGCUGAAGAAUUUGGUUGUUAUUAAGAUGAAGUCUAAGACAAAUAGGAGCAUACAAAAGGUAGGGAGAGGUAUUCAUGUCGAAGGAGGAGGGCCAAACUGGGUUCUUGUUGCAGGGGGAGUUUUGCUUAGCGCACUGUCAGUCAGACUCGGGUGCAAGCUAAAGCAAAUAUUUGAUGCGAAGCAGCAAAACAAUACACCCAAAGCCAAAAGAAGGCCUGGGGCAUGUGAGCUUCACUCGAACCUCCACCGUUUUAGUGACCAAAGUGCCUGCUACUAUUGUAUUUCAGGGCUUGCAGAUGGUGGAGUUAAAGUCAAGCAAGCACCUACAAGUCCUAUACCAAAAUCAGUUGAACCCUCCCUUCCACUUGUAAAGAUACCUGGGCCAGAAUCAAGCAAAGAGAACAGUGGCGUCAUGUGGAUAUCAUCGCCUGAUCGGCUUGAAGAUCCUCGAAGACCAUUUCAGUACUCUAACAGUUCUGGCUCUCCCUGCGUUUCAGAAUCAGGAUCGGACAUCUAUAGCAAGAGAGAGGUCAUACAGAAGCUGAGGCAGCACCUCAAGAAACGUGAUGAGAUGAUAAUGGAGAUGCAAGCUCAGAUUGCUGAUCUUAACAUUCAGGUGACACAGUCCACCAAUCUGCAGUCUCAGCUGGAUUCUGCUAAUCGAGAUCUGUUUGAAUCUGAGCGAGAGAUUCAGCAUCUAAGGAAGAUCAUUGCAGAUCACUGUGUUGCAGAAGCGCUCUCUCAUGAGAAAUCUUUGCAAGCUGGACAUUGGCAGUCAGAUGCCACCAAUGGGCAUUCCAAUGGCUAUGCUGAUGGCAGUGUUGAUGAUCCUGGGUUGCAUUGUGUUGGUAUCGAGAAGAGGAAGGGAGAGAUAGAGAGGGUGGAGAUGCUCAAGAAAGAGGUUAUUGAACUGAAGGAAGUUAUCGAAGGAAAGGACUUUGUGCUUCAGAGCUACAAGGAACAGAAGGUGGAACUCUGCUCAAAGAUCAGGGAGUUGCAGGAAAAGCUCUCAGCACAAGUGCCAAACAUCUUGUAGGAUCCACGCAUAAUGUUUUUCUAGAAGAAUGAAUCUACGCAUAAUGUUGCUAUGAGCAGAAGGGGAAGUCCUGCUCCGACAAUUGCAGGAAAAGCUCUUGGCAAUUGGCACACAUGCCAAACACCAUGCUAGGAUAUUUGUGGAAUGCUUCUCUUUUCUUUUUAGAGGGGAACUUUGCAUAAUGUUAGGUUGAUUUAUUUCUUUCUUUUCUGUCAUAAUGUUAGGUUGAUUUGCUUUCUUCCUUUUCAGUAUGUGCCCUUGGUUAUUCGGGGUUUACAAGGGAUUCUUUUCUCAGUUGCCAGACCUAGGGUAGCUCAAUUGAACUUCAUACUCAAGUUGCUGUACAAGUUCUCGGUUUUCAGUCACAAAAAGUUGUAGUGUGCUUCAGCUUUCACUGCAGUUUGGUUUGGGGUGGUGGUCUUUGCAAUGUAUGGUCAUGGCAUUUCUACAGUGAGCUCUGCUAGAGCUAGACCCGUGUAUGGCAUUGCCCUUGUUUGUGAUAUGUAUUGGGGUGCGGGCAGUUGCAAAACAUUAUACAUGUGAUUGGGCUUUGGGUAACAUGCAGUUUUCGCAUUGUAC